AUGAAAAUUCAUCGCAAUAUUCUUAAGCAAAAACACAAACCGUUUAAAAGUUCUAAAAGUAGCAAGGUUAAAAAAAACAUUUCCACCCAUGUUGCUCAAAAGAUAUCUCCAAUUCUUAGUAGGAAGAAUAAAAAAUACCAAAUAAUUUCCAAGAAUAAGAAAAUUCGCUUGAAUUUGCAUGAGGAAUCACCCAGAAACGUAUUUGUGCUUCCCUUCAACUCUGAUAUCAAUUCUUUCGAGGUCAUUAACGCUAUCCUAACCUUUUAUUCGGCCAAUUCUUCACCUAAACCUGGUUGUUCUAAGGAAGCCUGGUUCUUAUCUCAACCAAUACUAUUGAAUCAAUCUUUUACACAUGAUGGAAUUCCUCGUCGUGUAGUCUUUUAUACAUGCCCUAGAACACUCAGGGACAUACUCUACUGCGCCUCCGCUUCAGAUAUUAUUCUCUGUUUGUUUAGAGGAGCUUCUCAAGAUACACCAGCUUUCGAUGAUCUAGGGUAUAAAAUAUUGAGUUGCUUAAGGUUACAGGGAAUUCCAACUCCUGUUGGAGUGAAUUUUGAGUCCUCUUUACCUGGGGAUCGUCAACCCAGUUCUACUCUCGUUCGUCGUUACUUUCACUCAGAAUUCGGAUUAGACAAGAAAUUUACCUCUGUAUUUUCUGAGAAGGAUUUACGCACAGUUUUAUCUUUAAUUGGCUGUGUUUCUACAUCAGAUCUUUCAUGGCGUAGGGAUAGGGGGUACAUGUUGUCCCUAAACCACAGCUAUGACUUCGAUAGGAAGGAACUGAUUCUCGAGGGUUAUGCUAAAGGUUUAGGGUUUACUGUAAAACACCCUUUACAUCUGACUUCUUUCGGUGAUUUCAUUCUUAAGAGGAUUGAUUUAGUUCCUGACAUUUGCCCGGUUAGCUCAAACCCCUCAAAGAUCUCGGUUGAAAGAACAGUUGAGGAACUGAAUAAUGAGGAUUUAUCGCUGCUUCUGUCAGAAUCUGAGUGUUUAAAUUACGUUUCACCUCAAAAUUCUAAUUCCCUCAAUGUCACAGAUACUUUACAAAAUUUGAACAAUUAUAUAACUGAUGAUAAUCAGUUUCAUGAUGACUUUAGCAGUAAACUGAGGAUUAAUAAGAUCUCAGCAGAAAGUGGAGUGUUGUCUGAGGAUACUGAGAUGGAACAGGACACUUAUUACGAUUAUGAGAAUGCCAGUGAUGGGUCAGUAUUGUCUGAUGAAUCUGAUUUUGAUUUGGAUGACAUUUUGGAGACCUCUUCAAAUUCAUCAAAGAAAAUCGAAUUUGAGUCUAGAUCUCUUGAGGAAUUGUCUUUCCCAGAUGAAGUUGAUACUCCAGUCGAUACUCCUGCUAAACAUAGAUUUCGUAAAUAUCGCUCUUUGAAGAACAUACGUACUUCAGUUUGGGACCCUUACGAGUCUUUGCCAAUUGAAUAUUACAAAAUCAAUGAAUUUGAGAACUUUCGGGUCACGAUGUCGUCUUCAAAGACUCAACUGAAAAAAAACUGUGAGAUUACAAACGUUUCUGGCUCAUUUGUACGACUUACGCUCGUAAACUUCUCCCCUGAAGAUUAUUCCACCUUAUCAUCCACUUCCCGAUUUGCUCUUGUUUCUACGAUUUUACCUUAUGAACGCAAAGUUUCAGUGGUCAACUUUAACGUUUCUCGAACCUCCGAGGGACCUGAUCUUCUUCCAUCAAAGACUCCCCUUCAUCUCUUCUUCGGGUUUCGGAGGGUUAUAGUAAUGUGUUACAGAUUUCCUGGCAUUCCUAUUUACAGCAAGAGCAUCAAUGUUGACCGCGGCAAGCGGGGACUUUAUGAACGUUUCUUUAAGAAAGGAGACAAUUGCGUUGCCACAAUCUACGGAUUGUCACUUUGUCCACCCACUCCAGUUCUAGCUCUCGAUCAAGGUACCAAACUAUUACUACUGUAUACUACAAUUAUAUACUUAAGGUUAUUCUCUUUUUAA